UCUAACGGACUGAGGGGAGCGCGAGAGACAGCGAAGGAGGGAGCCUGCGCGCGCGAGCGAGAGAGAAAGGCGAGAAGGGGCGGGCAGGCCGGCGUUGAGGGAAGCUGCCGCCGCCGCCGCCGCCGCCGCCGCCGCCGCUCUUUUUCUCCUGCUCCUCCUCCUCCUUCCUCCUCUUUCGCUUCUGUUCCUCCGCCGCUGCCGCCGGGCAUGCGAGGCGAUGGCCGCGGGCGGCGCGUGGAGCUUUGAGGAGCGGACCUACCGCCGCUUCCUGGAGCUUUUCCUGGGCGAGUUCCGCGGACCCUUCGGCGCCGAGCCGUCGCCCCCGUCCGGCGGCGGGGCAGAAGGCGACGCGGGGCGGGAAGCCCAGGAAGCCGUCGAAGUCGAGGAAGAAGAAGCCGUGAGGGGAGGCGAAGAAGAAGAAGGUGGUGGUGAAGAAGGAGGGGACGAGGAACCGCCGCCUGAGGAAGAGGGAGGAGGCGAAGAAGAAGCCGACGAGGCGCUGGACGAAGGCGACGAUGCUGCUGCCGCUGGCGACGACGAAGACGAGGAGGGAACCGGCGGCGACGGAGACAGCCGCGUCGGGGAAGCGCAGCCCGAGGAGGAGCUGCCCCCGGCUGUGGCCCCGGCGGCGGCAGUGCCCGCUUCGCAGCCGCAGCCUCCCGCCCGGCCGGCCACCCCGCCGCCUCCGCCGCUGCCCUCGCUGCCCCGGCCGCUCUCGGAGCACAUCACCGAGGAGGAGGUGGAGGGCGAGUGCCUGGACCUCUGCCUGCAGCAGCUCUACAAGUAUAAUUGCCCUUCAUUUUUGGCGGCUGCUUUAGCCCGUGCGACAGCCGAUGAAGUCCUCCAGAGUGAUCUAUCGGCACAUUACUUGCCCAAGCAUGAGGAUAGCCCUGAUGGGAUCAUACAGGUAGAAACAAUGAAGCUGGCUCGUACAGUGUUCAGCAAACUCCAUGAGGUUUGCAGCAGCUGGGUAAAGGACUUUCCCCUUCAACAGAAGCCCCACCGUUACUAUGAAACAUCCAUUCAUGCCAUUAAGAACAUGCGCCGCAAGAUGGAAGACAAACAUGUCUGCAUUCCAGAUUUCAACACCCUCUUCAACCUUGAGGAUCAAGAGGAGCAGGCCUAUUUUGCAGUAUUUGAUGGCCACGGAGGAGUGGAUGCUGCCAUCUAUGCUUCCAUCCACCUCCAUGUGAACCUGGUGCACCAAGAGAUGUUCCAGCAUGACCCUGCAGAGGCAUUGUGCAAAGCCUUCCAAGUGACGGAUGAACGCUUUGUGCAGAAGGCAGCCAGAGAGAGCUUGCGGUGUGGGACCACAGGUGUUGUGACGUUCAUCCGAGGAAACAUGCUGUAUGUGGCCUGGCUGGGAGACUCCCAGGUGAUGCUUGUCAGGGGGGGCCAAGCAGUGGAGCUGAUGAAACCUCAUAAACCGGAUCGUGAGGAUGAGAAGAAGCGCAUUGAGGCCCUUGGAGGCUGCGUGGUCUGGUUUGGGGCUUGGCGAGUCAAUGGGAGUCUGUCUGUCUCCAGAGCCAUUGGUGAUGCAGAACACAAGCCAUACAUCUGUGGGGAUGCGGACUCGGGCUCCACAGUUCUGGAUGGAUCGGAAGACUACCUCAUUUUAGCCUGCGACGGCUUCUAUGACACCGUGAACCCUGAUGAAGCAGUGAAAGUGGUGGCUGACCACCUGAAGGAGAACAAUGGGGAUAGCAGCAUGGUGGCCCACAAAUUAGUGGCUUCAGCUCGAGAUGCUGGCUCCAGCGACAACAUCACUGUCAUUGUGGUCUUUCUCAGGGACAUGAGUACGGCCGUAAGCAUCAGCGAGGAGUCGGAGUGGACAGAGAACUCUUUCCAAGGUGGGCAAGAAGACAACGGCGACAAUAAAGAAAACCACGGGGAUUGCAAGAGGCCAUGGCCUCAGCACCAGGUCUCAGCACCUGCUGAUCUAGGGUACGAUGGGAGAGUGGAUUCUUUCACAGACAGAACUACCUUGAGUGCAGGUUCCAGGAUCAACGUGUUGGAAGACCCAGGCUAUAUUGACCUGAGGAAAAUAGAAGCUAGCAAACUUCAGAGUACAAAACGCCUGUCCUCAGAUCAAUGGUUCAGCACUUGUGAACCAAAGAGGGCAACCUUGGGUCAGGGUGUAUCAGCAGAGAAUGAGACAGUAGCCGAACCUGUGCCUCCUGCAGGCGGGCAGAGCAGUCUCCAGGAGCAGCUAGCCUCUCUUCCUUCUGGCUCCACAAGCCCACACGAGUACAGCAUCUCCAGCAGGCUUGAAGGUGAGCACUUCGAAUCUUGGGGAGGAAGAGCUUCCAUUUUCUCUCCCCUUCACUUCUGUGAUGCAAAGCGGUGGCAGCGACUAGCCAAACUCAAACCCAAGCUCCACAUGCUUCUCUUUGAGAACAGGCUGCUUUCCCCCACAGAAGAGUUAGCUCUGGCCUCACCUUGCAGUGAGAACAGCCGUAGAAAUAAGUUGAUAAGAAGCCGUCUCUGGCAGGGCUUCUCUAGUUGUUGCCGGGGUCAUGGCAAGAGUAUUCACCUGCUGCAAAGGCAGAGUCACUGUAUAUCAGACCCUGGGCUCCUCUGGAGGUGUACAAAGUAGCAUGCUCCUUUGUAUUCACCUCUCCUGCCCAUAGCUGCCAAGUUUUCCCUUUUCUCACGAGGAAGCCUAUUCAGCAUAAGGGAAAAUCCCUUUAAAAAGGGAUAACUUGGCAGCUAUGCUCCUGCCCCCCCCCCAAUAGUUUAGGUUAGGCAUUCACAGAAUGAGGAGUAAAUUUAAAAGAGUGAGCAUUUCAGAACCAUGUGAUCGUGGAAUGCACCACUCAUGUAAAUAGAUCCUAGGAAUGUGUGUUUCAGUCUAAAAAUAAAAUAAAAUGGCUGGUGUGCCAGUCUCUCUCUCUCUCUCAGCAAUGUCACAUACACAUUCUCUUACCCACAUACACAAACACGUAUCUAUAGCUUCAUUUUGCUCAUGGCAACUAGAUACUGACAGUGACAGUGGAAUAAAUAGGAGAGAGAUUCUUUCAAAAGAGAGAUUGCCAAAAAAAAGUGUUACCUGUUUGAGAUGAGUUCUGUGGAGCAAUAUUUUUUGAAGGAUCUUGUUUAUAAAACCUGCCAGUUUUUGUAGGUGGGGUGGAGGGAAGGGGAGAGGAAGAGAGAAGUAGUCCAGGUUGUAGUUGGCGGGGUGGUUCUUUAAGGUUAACAGAGCCAUUGUGGAAGCAGCAGGCCUUUGCAGGUACAUUAUUAAAAGCCAUAGGGGGGUUGAAUCUAGCACUUGAGCACUCCUAGCCCCUGUUGUAUAUCCAGUUAAGACUCAUCUUAUCUAUGCCCCCAUGUAACAUAUAAAAAAGAGGGAAUACUAAUUUUUGUAGUUUUUAAAGAUCAUUUUCUGUGGCUAAAGUUGAAACUAUAUUGAAAUUUCAAUAGCUUGGAGUCUUUUGGGGGUGCUUAGUGACAUUUUAGUCUUCUAAACUAAAAAAGUAAUAAUGUUAAAACUGUUUUAAUCUAAUAAUAGUAGUGGUGGUUAAACAUUUCCACCACUGUGUCCUCCCCAAUCCCUAAUUUAUCUCAGGUGUCAAACUGAUAUAAAGCUAGUUGAUAUUCAGAUAUGUUGUCCUGUGAACUGAUGGAGCCAGCAACUUGCUUGUCUGACUUUUUGGUCAUCAGUUCUCCCUUCCCCAUUCAAAGGGGAUAGUAAUAUGGCAAUGUAGUGUUUGGCGCAGCUAUUUAUCUGGUCCUUGCAAGAGACCUUACCUUCAGAGUAUGAAGGGACUGGGGGAAAGCCAGAGGAAGGCUUGCUAUAGCAGUUGUAAAAUGAGAGAGACUAGAUGAACUCCAAAUUGUCUGUUGCUCAGGAAGGGUUUGAUGGUUGCCUGUCUCCAUCCUUCAUACUAAAGAGCAAAACCUCUCUCUCUCUCUCUCUCUCUCUCUCUCUCUCUCUCUCUCUCUAUAUAUAUAUAUAUAUAUAGAGAGAGAGAGAGAGAGAGAGAGAGAGAGAGAGAGAGAAUCAGUUUUAGCAUUAAAUAGCUGAAAUGCAGAAUAAUCAGGGACAGUAUGUUAGAAGAGGUCUCUUGGUUGCUAAUAUUCACUUGAAUGAUCUAAAAUACUAAGGCAUUAAAUGUACAAAGAUCUGAAUAUGUUACAUUACAUAAUUCCAUGGGGAUUAAGUUUUAGCUCAACAGAAUCACUUGCCCAAUGCAGUUUGACAUUAGUGUAUAGGAACAUAGAAAGCUGCCUUAUACUGAGUCAGACCAGUGAUCUGUCUAGCUCAGUAUUGUCUACACUGACUGGCAGCAGCUCUCCAUCAUUUUCAUGAAGAUAUUUACAGCCCUACCCAGAGAUAUUGAGGAUUGAACCCAGCACCUUCAGUAUGGAAAGCAGGUGCUCUGCCCCUGAGCUAUGACCCCUCCCCAAACUGUUAAUUUGCCUAAGGACUGGGGAGAAUUAGGUAAUUAUUCUGAAUGGCUUUUUAUUGAUUAUUAGAAAUCAAGUGCAGAAAGCGAAAAAGUCUUGGCUUUUACCCACCGGGGGUGGGGGGAAUAACCAAAAUUAAGGAGCGACAGCACUUUCCCAUUCAUCUGCAAGCCUUAGGUGCGUUGUGCUACAAAUCAAGUGUUACCAAUGAAAGGAGGAGCUACAGACGAGCAGGCCAUUUCUGCUGCCAUGCUUGAGGACAUAGCAGGGGAGAAGGUAGACGGCAAUGCCCUUCUACUCAAUUAGUUGUGCUUCUAUAGGAAAAGUGCAGUUCUUUGAAGAUAUGUCAAAAUUCUAAAAUGUUGCAAAUGUGUUUUGACCUCUUCCCAACAUGCAGUCAUAAUUGGAAAGUACUAGCCUCAGAGUGUGCUCUGUUUUUUAUAAAAGAAGUGUAACUCCAUAUGUGUGAAUUCAUACAUGGAUUAUCUGCUGCUCAUCCUGUUCAUCCUACAGGAGAGAAUCUGCCAUCCAUUCCUAGUGUGGUCCAGUACAAAAUAUUGUUACAACUAGAAAGUGUUCAUCUUUCAUUACAUAGUGGUAGAGUAUGUAGGAUCCAUUUGUGAGGCAAGUCUUCAACCAUGGUAGAAUACAUAUUUAAAAGUAGUAGUUUUUGGUCCAAUAUAAGCUGCUCAAUUCUACACACUAGGCAAAAAAAGCAGUGCUUGUGACAUGCUGUGUGUUUUUCUCUUAAUGCCACUGGUGAUAGGACGUAGUUCUCUUCAGUUCAAACUCCUGUGCCCUUAUUUGCUGCUUGCUGACGUAAGCAAUAAGCUCCCCUUUUUAAUUAAUGAUAUUCUCAGUGUUCUGUAUCUUGUACUUUGAUCCUUUAGCUGGUGAGAAUGUACAAAAAAUAUAGGUAUCUAACUCUAUUUAUUAACUGUUAAUGUUGGUUGUCUGUAAAGUGUUUUGUAAAUCUGUGUAUUUUAAUAGUGGUGACAUUUGCAUAAUGAGACCUUUCCAAUAAAGAGCUGAAGCAGCCCUCAAGUUCUCAUAAUCUGCAUCAGCUACAUCAGUUGUGUAGGAACACUAGUAGUAGUGGUGGUAGUUGGUGAGGAGACUCCAGGCUGCCUCUCCCCUGAGGCUGUUCAAAACCUGCUGGUGAGCUUAUUCACUGUGAGUUUCAAAGGGAUUCAUUUAAUCCCUCUCCUAAUGUCUCCUCUCUCCAGCUUUAACAGAGUUGUGAGGAAUGCCUCCUAUUGCAAGAAAUGGAAUAGCAGCAGAGCAGCAAGCCAUUAAUCCAUUUCACUUGCACUAACAAGUUGUAGAAGUAAAAUAUUUAUAUUUUGAAGUGCCAUCAAUUGUCCUUGUCUGUUUGGAAGCCAGGGAGGCACACACCCGCCUACUCCAUGUGACUCACCCCCCCCCCAAAAGAAGCAGACUCCUGUGGUUCCCCUACUAAGCACUCCCUUCUUUGUCCCCUCACUUCCUGCCUCAGAAAAGCAAGGGAGGACAUAUGAGGAAGAGAAUAUCCAUCCUUUAUUUUGGCAGAGCCUGUUCCUGCUUCUUGUGGCUUUUAGCAGCCAACACUCCUAAGUAGCAGCUGCCACUUGCUAAUGCCUUUUAAAUUUAGAACCUUCCAUCUCAUUGAGUAUAACAUUACCUUUUGCCUUCUGUUCAUAGUGGUCCAUUGUCAUUUAUGCAGAGGCACAGUGCUCUUUUCCCUAGAACAUUCAAUUAAAGCAACUAUGCAGAUUACAUUCAAGCAGUCCUUUCCGUUACCUAUAAAUUUCGUUACAGCUCUGGAGAACCUGAACAGCCAGCUCCGCCAAAAUGUAGCUCAUUCUCAUGGAAAAAAGAGAAGCAAGGAGAUGCUACUGUAGCUUUGUGUAUGCCUAUGAGUUAGGGCUGUGCAGCAUAAAAACCUUCAACUGGAGAAGGUUAAAGUCUUGCACCAAUGGGUUGUGCAAGUAAUGGCCCAGUUUGCCCAUCAAAGUAAGCCACAGUUAAUGGCUUACCAAUAAUGCACCUUUAGGUGCUGUUUUGUCUCAGCCCCACUUAUGCUGAAAGGAGACCAAUCAUGAUCCCCUAGCUUAGUCUUAUGUUUGAACCGGGGAUCAUGUUGAGCAUGAUCAAUCAAGUACGUCAAGAGCAAACCUUGGCUACAGAUUGCUGGGAUCAAAAUAAAUCAUGACCCCUGAUGAAGCAGGGAUCAGGAUUUGUUCCCUGCUAGCAUAAGUUGAGAGGAGCAAAGUGGGCACAAUCCACUCAUGUAUAGUAAGUCAUGGUGGUUUAUGAGCUUACCAUACCAUGUGAAUGUGCCCACUGUCAAGAACUACAUUCAAGUGACAAAGUCACUUUUAACAUUACAUUAAACACUAAUCUAUAACUUCCAGUAUUAAACAGCACCGUAUUAUACAAGUAUCAGAAGGUUUGGUUUAUAAAUAUAAACAGAUUUGUUUUACUUACCAUUCUUGGCUGUUGCUUUUUUGCUUCUAGAAGUAGGGAGAGUCUAAACCAAGCUAGGUUGGGGAAAGCCAGCUGAGAUUCACCCUUAUUACUAAAAAGUUUACCAUGGCACAUUCCUAGGAAUGCCAAGUGUAUUACUAAGUUCCUGUUGAAAUAUACUUAUGCUGUCAUUAAAACUAAUGAAAUGGGUUGGUUUAAUAGAAAUGACUUUACUACUCUGUUGGGACCCGUUGACGACUUUGUUCCUAUAACUCACAAGUUCAGUAGGAAUCAUGUAUUAGCCAUAUUUUAUUUAUUAAAGCUGUUCACAAAAGGUAAGGACUAUGUUCAACUUCUACCAAUAUCUUAAUAAAACAGCAAACAUUA